UUUACAGAUGGGUGCAAACACCAUGUGAUCAAAUGUAAGAGCUGGAACGCUCAUACACUGCAGAUCAGUGGACAAACAUUGAGGAAAUGAGCACAGCAUUUAUCUGGUAACAGAGAGUGAAACUUACAGACAUUCACUGUCGUCUAGAGGAGAAAUGGCGCAGCAAGUGAUUCUGGAUCGAGACAAACUGAGCUGUUCAAUCUGUCUGGAUCUUCUAAAGGAUCCGGUGACUAUUCCCUGUGGGCACAGCUACUGCAUGAGCUGUAUUAAAGACUGCUGGGGUGAGGAGCAUGAGACGAAGACACACAGCUGCCCUCAGUGCAGGCAGAGCUUCACACCGAGGCCUGUCCUGGUGAAAAAUACCAUGUUAGCAGAGUUUGUGGAGGAACUGAAGAAAGCAGGACUUCAAGCUGCUUCACCUGAUCAUUCCUCUGCUGGACCUGGAGACGUGGCCUGUGAUUUCUGCUCUGGGAUGAAGGUGAAAGCCCUCAAGUCCUGUCUGGUGUGUAUGGCCUCUUACUGUGAGCAGCACCUCCAGCCUCACUACAAUGUAGCUCCAUUAAAGAAACACAAGCUGGUUGAGGCCACUUUAAAGCUCCAGGAGAACAUCUGCUCUCAGCAUGACGAGGUGAUGAAGAUUUUCUGCCGCACUGAUCAGAAGUGCAUCUGCUAUCUCUGCUCCAUGGAUGAUCAUAAAGGUCAUGACACAGUCUCCGCUGCAGCAGAGAGGGCUGAGAAGCAGAAGGAGCUCGGGGCGAGUCGGCAAGAAAUCCAACAGAGAGUCCAGGACAGAGAGAAAGACGUGAAGGAGCUUCAGCAGAGGGUGGAGGUUAUCAAUCUUUCUGCUGAUGAAGCUGUGAGAGACAGUGAGAAGAUCUUCACUGAGCUGAUCCGUCUCAUUGAGAAAAGAAGCUCCGAAGUGAAGCAGCAGAUCAGAUCCCAGCAGACAACUCAAGUGAGUCGAGCUAAAGAGCUUGAGGAGAAGCUGCAGCAGGAGAUCACUGAGCUGCGGAGGAAAGACACUGAGCUGGAGACGCUCUCACACACAGAGGAUCACCUCCAUUUCCUAAACAACUACCCCUCGCUGUCACGUCUGAGCGAAUCUAAAGACGUUCCCAGCAUUGAUAUCUGUCCUCUGCGCUCCUUUGAGGAUGUGACAGCGGCGGUGUCAGAGGUCAGAGAUAAACUGCAGGCUGUUCUGAGUGAGGAGUGGGGAAAGAUCUCUCUGGCAGUGACUGAAGUGGAUGUUUUACCACCUCAAGCAGAGCCCAGAACCAGAGCUGAGUUUAUGAAAUAUUCUUGUCAAAUCACACUGGAUCCAAAUACAGCACACAACCGUUUGUCAUUGAGUGACAGGGACAGAAAAGCAACAUUAAUGAAAGGAAAACAGUUAUAUUUGGAUCACCAAGACAGAUUUAGAGAAUUGUGGCAGGUCCUGAGUAGAGAGGGUCUGACUGGACGCUGUUACUGGGAGGUGAAAUGGAGCGGGAGAGUUUAUAUAGCAGUUGCAUACAAGGAUAUUAAAAGAACAGGCACCGUGAAUGAAUGUGGAUUUGGAUGUAAUGACAAAUCUUGGUCAUUAGACUGUAACAGUAGUAGUUAUACAUUCAGACACAACAAUAUUUCUACUUCCGUCUCAGGCCCUCAGUCCUCCAGAAUAGGAGUUUACCUGGAUCACAGGGCAGGUACUCUGUCUUACUACAGCGUCUCUGAAACCAUGACUCUCCUCCACAGAGUCCAGACCACGUUCACUCAGCCUCUCUAUGCUGGAUUUUGGCUUCCAAGUGGUGGUUAUGGAGACACUGCUGAGCUGUGUGAGCUCAAGUAGACAGGAGUUUAAUGAGUGAUUCAUCUCUGUACAGUAAAUGUUGAGGUGUGUCUGCACUGCAGAGAUCAAACAUAGUGGGUGGGACUUUUUUCUUCUAUUUUAAUUCAAUGAAAUGAUGAAAACUUUUUUUUAUUUGCUACAUAGAGAUUGUUUGUUGAAAUUUGAUUCUUAUGUUAUAUUUACUAAACAUUUUCCUUAUAUACUGUGCAUGGAAAAUAUUGCAUAUGCAAAAUGAAUGUAAUAUAGAUUUUAAAAAAGAGUAAUGUUUACUUUUUAGUACUCUACAUACUGCUGUCUGUACUGAUAUUGUAAAAUCACAUCACCUUUUUUUGUAAAUGUAAUUU